AGUAUUCACAAUUGUUAUAGAAUCUGAGUCAGAGAAAACACAUUUCAAGUAAAAUGUCGGAAUUGAAAUUUGAUGAGAACUGCAGCGAAUUUGAUUUGGAGUCCACAGAGGAGUUAUUUGACCGCAUGAACUUGCAGGAGCAGGAUGAGGAGAACUUGUCGUUCGAGGACGACGAGAACACGCUGAAGCAACAUCAGCUGGACCAGGAUCUGGAGCAGGUGCAGCGUCGCCAGAGCAUUGUCUUCGAGAACGCUCAGAAGCAGGUGGCUGUGCUCGAGAAUCUGCUGAAGACCGUCGAGCCGGACUGGCAGAAGGCCGUGGAGAACCGAAUGACUGCCGGGGAGUGCCCGCCGCCGCAGGCCUAUCGCUUCAAGGACAUCUAUGAGCGCAAGAAGCAGCAGCUGCGGCAGCGGCACCUCGAGGAGGAGCGUGCUAAGCGCCAGUUCCACAGCCGUCCGAUGCCCAACUUUAGCCGGGUCCAUCGUCAUCUGGCCAACAGGCCGACGGUGCAUCGCAUCACCUGUGCGGUCACGCCCAAUGUGCUGAAGACGUCGCGGCAAAUGCUGCUCAAGCGUAAGCAAAAGAUCGAGCAGAUGCAGCGCGAGCAGGAGGAGCUGCAGAAAGUCAAUAUGUAUACCAAGCCGAAGCCGGUGCCCAAGUUUAAGCCGGCUCCAUUGAAGCCGGCCAAUGCUCCGUUGCAGCUGGAAGUCAAGCCGUUUCGUCUGUCCACAGAACUGCGCGCCGAGCAGCGCAAAAUCUUCAAUGCUCAGACACUUCAGGCGCAGGAGGCCAAGCGCCGUCAGCUGGAGGAGCAGCGCAAGCGGCGCGAAGAGGAAGAAUUCCAGAAGCAGCGCCAACUGGCCACUUUUCGUGCUCGUCCCAAUCCCUUCAAGUAUCAGUUUGGCGGAAGUGCCACGCACUAGUGGAUCUCAUGUUUUGGUUAUUUGAUUAGUUGAUUGCAAAUCUGUAAAUUGUUUUCUGUAAAUUAUUUUUCGU